GUUCAUAGUUCGUCGCUAAGAUGAAGGCAGUUACUUCAACAGCGUUGGGCUCGAUCCUAGUGUUAUUAUUGAUCAAUUUUACAUCUGCAAAGGGAAAAACAGCAGAGGUUGUCUUAACAGCAACUCCCAUACAAAUCCGACUUGAGUGUGAUUCAGGGUUUCAUAUCGUGGUUAAAAAGGGUACUUUAUACCAUAAUGGCAGGAAGCUUGACGAGAAUGCACGGUAUCCGCCGAAGAUGGCGUGUGAUUUGGAGCGCACUUGCAAAUUCGAAUUUACAGCAGACGCAUAUAGGUAUAGGAAUUCGCAGAUGGAAGAAGGAACACAACUAACUAUUGAAUACGACUGUAAGCGGGAUAACUUCCAAGGAAACCCAAGAAGGAUAACAGACAUUCAAAGGACGAGCGGCUGCCCACAGGACUCUUUUGUUCAGAAACACGUUGCAUACUUUAUCGAUAGAAGUAUUGCCCCUCAAUGGGAUACACCAACAGCACAACGGGAAAGGGAAAUGAUUGCCAUGGCCGUCUCUGCUCAGGCCAGACGUUUCAGGCUAAGCAAUCCCGAUCAGCCGAUCGAUCCAUAUCUUGGCACAGUGUACUUGAUAUUAGAUAACGGAACAGGUAAAAAAGAUUUCUGGUUAAAAGAUACAAAGUGUCAAAUUAAUCCCCAUGCGCGGGCCGAUACAUUCAAGUAUAAGUGCGAGAGGAAUGAGAUUAAAUGGACAUGCAUAUUUCAAGGCAGGAAUAGGGACUUGGCCAUCCAUGACACAUCCUCUGGCCACUUAGAAUCCUAGGCUCGAUUCUAGAAACCCAAGCUGUAACGGAAUAUUUUUCUUCCAAAACCAAUUUUUAAUGUACAUAUAUAUACUUUUUCAAAUUUGUAAUAAAAAAUAUUAUU